AUGCAAAAUAGCACACCAACAUCGGGCAAUAGUGAUGUCAUGUACAGCACAGCAAUAAAGAAGAUAAACAACACUAACUGGGCUCUAGAAUUACUCAAGUCCAAGGAGCUGAUUCUGGGAGGGCAAUUGCUGAGUUUGCUAACAAUACGCGAUGGCCUGUUACAUCUUGCAUGCACAGCUGCCCCUGGUGCUGUCACCUUGGAAUGUCUUGUUGCUUUCUCAAGGGUCAUUGACACUAUCGACAUGGACCACAUCACCUCUGAGGUGGUGAACCAGGUCUGCCACAAGACCAUGGUAGCAUACAACAUUCUUGAUGAAGGUGUUGACAAGCUUGAGAAACUACAAACUGAGCUAGAUGGCUGUGUUAACUGGGCAAAGGAACAGGUGUGUGACCUCAAACAGUAUCAAAAGAAUGUUCAAGGAGAGAUAGAGAAAGGGGUGGCAGAGCUAGUGGAAGCCUUGAGAAUAGCUCUGACGGAGAUACAAUGA